AUGGAAACUGUCCAGAAACCAAUUUCUGAGCAAAGUUUCUCUUCUAUUUCUUGGCAGGAGGAAAUCAAGAAAAAAUUGUUCAGAAAUGCCAUGAAUCGCGAAUGGAAUGAAGUGAUCGAAACAUAUGCACAACAUCCAUGGGCUCACAAAGCCAAGAUCACCCGAUCAGGAGACACUGCGUUACAUAUAGCCAUAUCAGACGGCCAAGUGACCAUUGUCGAACAACUAAUGGAAAAGAUUUUGGGAAAAAAGGAAAAUGCCUGUGAUGUUUUAGAAACUGGCAAUGAACUCAAAAAUACUCCUCUUCAUUUGGCCGCCUCCCUUGGGAAUGUAAAGAUGUGCAGACUCAUUGCUGGUUUCAACUCGACACUAAUUGGGGAACGUAAUAAGGAUGGAGAGACUCCUUUCUUCCAGGCAGUUUUAAACGGCAAGAGGGAAGCUUUUAGUUGCUUACAUGACAUUUGUGGGACAGACAAAGGCUACUCGUACUGUAAGAAGAAAAAUGGAGAGACAAUUCUGCAUUCUGCCAUUUCUGGAGAACAUUUUCAUUUAGCAUUUAAAAUAAUUCAGUUAUACCCGAAUCUAAUUAACGCGGUCACCGAGGAUGGAGCAACGCCACUUCAUCUUCUGGCAUGUAACCCUUCUGCAUUCAGAAGUGGAAGUUAUAUUAGAGGGUUUCGCGGACUUAUUACUACUGUAUAUUUGUCGAUGAACGCGAAGACAUGGACCCAAAGCACGAUUUGUCACAAGGCUCGCAAUAUGAAACCAAAGCAACAAAUUCGUCGUAGUAAAAAUGAGAACAAGGGGAUGACAGAUGAAGAAAAUCCUAAAGGAAAGCAACCUGAUACUAAUCAUGGGCGUUCACACCUUCCUCCUAAUUAUGUCACGUGCUUUAAUGUCAUUAAACUCAUAUCCAAAUCAAUGUUGGUUAUUCUUGGCUUAGGGUCUCAUGACAUAGUAAAGCUACGCGAAAAAAAGAAGAGCACAUUUGGAGUUAUUUCCCAGCCGGUUGAUGAUCAAACAUCCCAAACUAGCGAUGGAGUGGAUAGAAAAAAUGGCACCAAUGGAAACGGUAACAAAAAAAAGAUGCAGGAAAUUGAAAAGGGGGAGACAGCACUACUUGUUGCCGCAAAGAAUGGUGUGGUCGAGAUGGUGGAAAAGAUUAUUAAACUUUUUCCGGUGGCUAUAAAUGACAUGAACACAAGCAAGAAGAACAUAGUAGUGUUGGCGGUGGAAAAUAGGCAGCCUCGUGUUUACAGGUUUUUACUCGAAAAGACUACAAUGAAAGAAACCAUUUUUCAAAAGGUAGACGUCCAUGGAAAUAGUGCUUUGCAUCUUGCUGCGAAGCUGGGAGAUCGUCGGCCUUGGCUUAUACCUGGUUCUGCAUUGCAGAUGCAAUGGGAAAUCAAGUGGUACGAGUUCGUCAAGAAAUCCAUGCCAUUGCACUUCUUUGUACGUCAAAACGAGGAGAACAAGACCGCAAGGGAGAUAUUCACUGAAAGUCACAAUGAACUCGUCAAGAGUGGCGUCGAAUGGCUCUCCAACACCUCCAAGUCAUGCUCAGUUGUGGCAGCCCUCAUAGCCACAGUCGCUUUUGCCACUUCUACCAACUUUCCGGGCAGCUUCAAGGAAGAAAACAACAAACCCACCUUGGCAAAUGAACCUGUAUUUACCGCAUUUUCCAUAGCAUCCCUUGUUGCACUCUAUUUCUCUGUUACAUCGCUAGUCAUGUUCCUCGCCAUACUCACCUCCAGGUACCAAGAAAAAGACUUCGCCAAGGACUUGCCAACAAAACUUUUGGUGGGAUUGACGACUCUUUUUGUGUCUAUUGCUUCUAUUUUGGUAUCUUUUUGUGCCGGACACUUUUUUGUGCUUAAAGAUGAGCUGAAAUAUUUCUCAUUCCUGGUAUACGGCAUCACAUGCCUGCCGGUGACAUUUUUCGCCAUAGCACAAUUUCCAUUAUACUUUGAUCUUAUACGGGCUAUAGUUAGGAAGGUGCCUCAACGUAGCUACAAAUAG